UUUCAGUUUGCCCGAAGUUUCGGCUGAACUUUGCCCGAAUUUCUUGAUUCUCGAAAUUUUUGGGGGGGCAACUGCCCCCCCUGCCCCCCUGUCUCGUACGCCUAUGACUGAAAGUGAGGCAGUUUAUGGAUAGAAGAGGACUGGAGGAAGGCUUUCUACUAUUUGCUGGCUUAGAGGUUAAACUGGAGUACUCAUUGAUUGAUAUUAGAGAGCAUUCCUUAUGACAAGACCGAGCUGACAAAGAUUACUGUGCAACAAUAUGAAAGUGUGUUUUAUAGAAAGUGGACAGGUAUAUAAAGAGAUUAUACACAUCCUUAAAUCAUUUAAAUAAUGUUUAGUUGUGAUUUUUUUGUUGAUCAUGUAAAUGUAUGCAGUAUGUCAUGUUGAUUGCAUGUUAUUAAAUUACUGUAAGUAGAAUAAGUGGAAACAUGAUCCAGUCAGAAAGGUGUGUUUAAGAGUUGAUCACUUGCAUUGUAAAUCAUUUUUGUGCUGUACCUGGGUGCAAAACUGUUAUCGUAAUCGAUGGUAACAUGAAGAAUGCAAGGCAGGUUUGCACAUGCACAGAUGUUGGAGAGCUAUAUUUUGAUGGAAUGCCAGGAAGCAUUCUUGUUGGUUGUCAAAACACUCCUGGAAAAAAGAGUCGUUUCUGUACAGAACAUGAAAACUCUGCAUGCUCUUUGAGAGAUGACUCGGCUGUUAUGAUGGGGGAGCCUGCUUCUAAUGUGUUGAAGGAUGAGGACACUACUGAUGUCUUGCCCAUGAAGAUUGUAAAUGAAAGACAGACACGGCAAGGGAUGUUUCAUGAGGUUCUGUGGUCGAAUUCAUCGAAGACUUGGGUGAAGAAAAUUCAUUUACCUAAGAAGCUUUUAGAUGCCAUAAGGAACGGUUGUGUUUACAAAAACGUUCGAAAAGAUACGAAAGAAUUUGGUCAGACGUUCAGUGUACUAGAGGAGUGUAUGGAUGAUAAGCAUGAUGGUGGCUCCAUGCAAUGUUUUUAAAAGCUCCGGUUUUGCUGUAGCUGACCCUGAUGAUAAUCAGGUUGAGGGUGAGAGUGGUGUCCGAACACUUAGUUGUGGGACUGAAAAGGGAAGGCAUAGGUGCAAAAACAAAAGAACCACAGGAAUUUUAGUAUUCGAAAAACCGUGUGGCGUUGUGGUUGGUGUUUGUGAAAUGUUCGGAUCUGAAAGUAAAAGUCAGGUGUAUGCACA